CCCCUCCCUUUGGCUCUCUUAGUAGACUCAGGGAAGAGAGAGAGCAAGCAAGGACAGAGGAGAGAAAACAGACAGAAGGCAUCACUUUGACGGACUCUAUCUUCCAUCUGCAGAUAACCACACCCGAGUUGGACUUUGCCUUUAAUUCCGCUUCUGGACCCCUCUUUUCCAUUCAGCCAGCUGGGAGAAACAAAGCCCCGAGCCCUGAGCGGCAGAGCUCUGGUCGGGGGCUGGCUGGCUGUAAAUUGACGUGGCAUGGAAAUUUUCCGCUAAGUUGCAGCAGUUCGCGAGCUCCUCGGAGAUCGAGCCCAGCGCCCCGGACCUGGAGCUAAACCCUGGGCUCAGUGACUUUACAGAAGAAUGGAUACAGUCCCCCGCUCCUCGCCUCGGACCCGCCGUUUUUUCUGGCUAUCUAUCAUUUCGCUGAAAAUCAAACCAAGCAGUUAAGUCGGGCACUUGGUUUGCGCAGCUUGAACAAGAAAAUUGGCUGCGCCGGUUCCCCUGGCUCUUUCCGCAAUCUAACUCCUUGCUGGCUUUGCCAUGGGGUGCGGACUUAGGAAGCUGGAAGACCCUGACGAUAGCAGCCCGGGGAAAAUAUUUUCUACCCUGAAGAGACCGCAAGUAGAAACAAAGACGGAAUUUGCUUAUGAAUAUGCCCUGCUGGACUUGACUUUACAAGCUUCAACAAACCCAGAAGUCAUCAAGAUAAAUUCGGUUCUGGAUAUAGUCGCCAAAGUGGAAGACUAUUAUCUGAAGGGCUACGUCGUUGGGGCCAUUCACCCAGUUAUACAACCUAUGGGGCAUCGGAAACACCUCCCAGCAAGUCACCUGUACAGGGUGGUGCUGUCUCGCCUGAAAGCAAACCCCAAGCAUCCAGCAGCCCCCGGUGGACAAAGGCAAGCAAGACUCGUGAUAGAGGAAUGUCCUCUACCUUCCGAGACGGAGACGAACAACGCAGCGAAGGAACUCAUAGAGAAGAUUAAUGCUGCCGCCAAGAGAGGAAAGAAGUUUGUUGGGUUUGUAUCACAGUACGACUCGCCAUCCCCACACUGCAACGGAACCAGCCAUGAUGGAGAUGCAGAAUCGGGGCUACCCGGGAGACACAGUUCCCAUGACAACUGCAAAAGCUGGCAUGAAGGAGAAGCCAGCGGACAGUUGUCUGAAAGCGGAGUGGAGGAGGAACCGCAGCGUGAAAGUGGACAGGAGACAGAAGGAAACAGCACUCCGGGCUGCUCGAGACCAGAGCUGGGAGGAGAUCACAAGCUCUACAUGGUCUUCAAUGCCUUUGACGAGGAGUCGGCCUGCUGGAGCUACCGGGAGGGUGUCCUGUCCAUGAAGGUGACCAGGAAAGGGGCCGUCAUCAACACCCUCGACGCCAACUGGCUCGACUUAACGACGUUCUACUAUAAACAAGGCUUGUCUUUAGUUGACGCUUUUGUAUCCUGGGAGACGCCUAAAGGGGACCCUUCGCCUAAAUCUCUGGAAGGAUUUUUUAUCUAUGAAGAAGAAGGUCCUGUCAUUCCAGGUUCUAACAGGAAAGGAAAUGACGCCAUUGUGGUGGAGCAGUGGACGGUCAUCGAGGGCUGUGAAAUCAAAACAGACUACGGCCCUCUGCUGCACACCCUGGCUGAAUUCGGCUGGCUUCUGACCAGUGUGCUGCCUACACCCAUACUGAGACACGACAGUGAAGGGAAUUUGGCUACAAAGCAGGUCGUAUUUCUCCAAAGGCCAGUUGUGUGGAGUUCAGCUGCCCAGACCCCAGAAAGGAAAGCCAGCCGACUUCUAAAGGGCGAGGACAGGAACAAGGUCGGCAGCAGGAGCAUAGGCCUGGACACCGGCGCCCCCCACCCCGCGGAAGGCCGAGCCCCUCUUGACGGGGGCCCCCUCUCCCCUUCCAGAGAGUGUUGGACCAAGGAGGAGCGGCCGGCACAGAGCGACAGUUUCUUGGGGUUCAGCAGCAGCGACAGCGUCCUACGGGAACUGGAUGACGGACAGUUUGAGCAGGAAGAGGGCGUGACGCAGGUCACUUGCAUGUGAGCGGCCAAGAGAAGUUGGCGAAGGCCUUAUAUCAUUGAAGGAGACAAAUAUAGACUUGAAACGAACAUGUGCCUUCCACAACUGUUAGGUUCAGGUUGUGCUUUUAUCUUGACAUGCUAAACUUGGAUACUGUUGCAACCCAGAGUUCUCAGUUCUACAGGAGUGGAGAGGGGCUCACAGUCCAUGAGGUGUACGCAGGACUGACUUACUCCGUGCCCGCGACCAGGAAAGUCUUCAUCUUGCCCCAGUCUUUACCCUAUAAAGAUCAGUCUUCUGGAGAACAGGGGACUGGACUUCCAUUUACAUCUGAAAGGCUGGCCUCCAAAAGCAUUAUGGUCGGCUAUGCCAUUAAGCAACUCACAUAUUAUAUAUUUUUAUUGGCUUAAUGUGGACAUUGUGAGCCAUUUGAAUAAUAAACUAUUUGUUAUUAAGCUAUUGUCUUAUU